AGAAAAUGGAGAGUGAAAUGAGGGCAUCAAGAUUCAAGAGGAUUUGUGUGUUCUGUGGGAGCAGCCAAGGGAAGAAGAGCAGUUAUCAGGAUGCUGCCAUUGAGAUAGGAAAAGAAUUGGUUUCAAGAAACAUUGAUUUGGUGUAUGGAGGAGGCAGCAUAGGGCUGAUGGGCCUGGUUUCACAAGCUGUUCAUGAUGGCGGUCGGCAUGUUAUGGGAGUUAUUCCCAAGACGCUCAUGCCUCGAGAGUUGACUGGAGAAACAGUAGGGGAAGUGAAGACUGUUGCAGAUAUGCAUCAAAGAAAAGCAGAGAUGGCUAGACAUUCAGAUGCUUUUAUUGCCCUACCAGGUGGUUAUGGUACACUUGAGGAGCUACUUGAAGUGAUCACUUGGGCUCAACUUGGCAUUCACGACAAGCCAGUGGGGUUGCUGAACGUUGAUGGAUACUACAAUUCGUUGUUGACAUUCAUUGACAAAGCAGUGGAGGAAGGCUUCAUCAGCACAAACGCCCGCCACAUCAUUGUAUCUGCACCUACCGCCAAGGAACUUGUCAGGAAACUGGAGGAGUAUGCUCCCUGCCAUGAAGGAGCUGCACUGAAGUUGAGCUGGCCAUCAUGGCCAGGAGAUGAUGAGGCAGCUUGGGUACCUUCAGACCCUGAAUGAUACUCUUGCAUUUGCAGCAUAUAUAGGGAAAAGCUCGUCAGGAUACGAAAAAAUAUAUAGAGCCAGGAGAUGCUAACCUCAAAUUAUUUGUUUUUUUGCCGUGCAGGGAUUCUUUUCCCCCCUUUUUUUGUAUAUCUAGUACUAAAAAAUCUUCUAGCAUUAUAUAUAGCACCACAUAUAUACAUAUAUGGUUAUUAUUAUCUACGCACCCCCUCUGUGUGGAAAUCCUGCAUUUUUGUGCAAGCAAUUCAAGCUGUAACUAACUAAGUUCUCAGAUGCAUAUCAUAUUGAAUUCCCCGGUUAGUGUAAACUCAAACUCAGCUGUUCAGUUUAUUGAUUCCAAAUUGUAGUUA